AAUAUUAGGGUUCUAAGUAGUUGAUCACAUAGCAACGGGGAUGGUUGAUGCAGGCAUGACAAUAUCCUUCCACACACAAAACCGUCCACCUCUUCUUUUCGGACUUUUGACCAAAACUAGGACACAAUACAGAACCAAAUCAAGCUCUUUUGUAGCUGCAGUGCAAGUAUCUUCAGUCCUGCAAACCAAUGAGAGCGGAAAUCUACCUCAAUCGAAGAAAGUUCGGAAUUCGGGCUUACCUCUAACAAGAUGCCACGUACUGAGCCAACCAAACACUAUCGGCAUCAUUGGAGGGGUGUCUGUUUAUUCAAGCCUCCUUUUCUUGGAGAAGCUUGUGUGGUGGAGUCUAAAAGAUGGAGGAGAAUGCCCGCCCUUCAUCGUGUGCAGCGAUCCAACGUUGUAUAAGGAGCUUCCGAUUCGCAGUUUGUUGCAUUCACUCACAAGAAGAAGUACUAGUAGUGCUCAAAUCCUAUCAAAUAACAGGCCGGUCAUCGAGAGCUUGUGUCUCAAGAGAGCAUUCCUCGAGCACUCUGGCGCUCAAUGCAUAGUCAUGCCGUGUCAUCUGUCUCAUGCGUGGCACGACCAGAUAUCUGAGGACUGUUCUCUUUGCUUCCUUCAUAUCGGUGAGUGUGUUGCCCGGGAGCUCAGGGAAGCAAAUUUGAAGCCACUGGAAAAAGGAAGUAAUGUAAGGAUUGGAGUGCUUGCUGCGGAUGCAACUUUAAUGGCUGGUUUUUACCAAGAAAAGCUACAAAGUCAGGGGUUUGAUGUUGUGGUACCUGACAAGCAAACCAUGGAGCAUGUGGUGAUUCCCACAAUUGAAGCGAUAAAAAGACGGGACAUGGAGGGGGCACGAAACCUGUUAAGCAUUGCAAUCCAGGUCCUGCUGGUGAGGGCGGUGAACACCGUGAUCAUUGCUUCGGACGAGUUGCAGGGCGUUCUGCCUCCGGACGACCCUCUUCUUAAGAAAUGUAUCGACCCCAUGGACGCUUUGGCUAGGUCGACAAUAAAAUGGGCAAAGGCUACGGGCAAAAGUGGAUAAGAGAUCGUAGCAACAUGGCUAAAUAAAAUGUACAAAAUCUUCGUGUCAUUGCCAUAUUUCUCUUCGUUUCUGAAGAUAUUAGCAAAUCUUUAAAUCAACUCAAUUGAAACUUCUUGUAAAAUCAACUUCUGGUUUGAAAUAUAUACACAGAUUUAUGAGUUACAAGUA